CUGUCCCGACUGACGUUGGGCAACAAAGAUGGCGGCGGGAACCAGCAAUUACUGGGAAGAUCUCAGGAAACAAGCUCGGCAGCUGGAAAACGAACUUGACCUGAAACUAGUUUCCUUCAGUAAACUGUGUACGAGCUACAGCCACAGCGGCGCCCGGGAUGGAGGACGCGAUAGGUACAGUUCUGACACAACACCCCUAUUAAAUGGAUCAAGUCAAGACAGAAUGUUUGAGACAAUGGCAAUUGAAAUUGAACAGCUUUUGGCAAGGCUUACAGGAGUAAAUGACAAAAUGGCAGAGUACACCCACAGUGCAGGGGUGCCCUCCCUGAACGCAGCCCUGAUGCACACGCUGCAGCGACACAGGGACAUUCUGCAGGAUUAUACACACGAAUUUCAUAAAACCAAAGCAAACUUUACGGCAAUACGGGAAAGGGAGAAUCUCAUGGGAUCAGUACGGAAAGAUAUUGAGUCAUAUAAAAGUGGGUCUGGAGUAAACAACAGGAGAACGGAACUGUUUCUGAAAGAGCAUGACCACCUUCGAAACUCUGAUCGUCUGAUAGAAGAAACAAUAAGCAUUGCUAUGGCAACAAAAGAGAAUAUGACUUCCCAGAGAGGAAUGCUCAAGUCAAUUCACAGCAAGAUGAACACUCUGGCCAACCGCUUUCCUGCGGUGAACAGCCUGAUACAAAGGAUCAACCUUAGGAAACGGCGUGACUCGCUCAUCCUUGGAGGUGUCAUUGGCAUCUGCACCAUCCUGUUGCUGCUGUAUGCGUUCCACUGAAAGCACAACCCUGGGACUCUGCCCACCACCUUCAUGGCCUGAUCUGGACUGGGGAACCUACCAAGGAGAAAGACCGUCCUGGCCAUGGGCCUGCCAGCAGAUGGAUUCUAAACUGCACCCGUGACUCUGACCUGGUCGGGCUGAGCUGCAGCCGAAGUUUUUCUGUGCUAUCUUUUCUAAUACACAUUACUCUGUUUUUAAUUUUAAAAACAACAAAAGGUUUCAGUCGCUGUGUCUCCCUAGGAGGUAAUCAGGCAGAAGCUGAGAAGCUGGGCUUCAGUGGCUGGCAAGGCCAGAUGAUCAGCGGGCCUUGGAGCUGGACUCCUCACAGCACCCGGCUCUCUACAUCCAAAGAUGGCUUCGCUUUCAGCCACGAGAUUGGAUGUGAAUAAAAGUAAUUUUUGUCCUUUUAUUUAACACUUGUGAUGAGAAAUCAGCUGUCCUUUGCUGAUACUCUGUGAUCUAUAUUCUAUUCUGUGUCCCUAACUUUUGGCAGUCAAGAAGAAUUCCAUGUCCCACAGGUCCUGUGAGAUGUUGGUAGGCCAGCUUCAUGUUUGAGUUGGUCUAAAAUGGAGAGUGCUAUCGAAAGGGCAUCUCAUCUCUGCUUCAGCUGUGAGUGCUGCUGCAUCAGCUGUACCACGCCAACACAUCCGAAUGGCAGACCUUGCAAAAGACCUGGCCAUCGCUUUAUUAUUUUUUCCAUUGGGCUAAUAUUUGCUUGUACAUGAUAAAAUUGCGUUCCCACUGACAGGCAGUCAGUGCCUGCUGUUGCCACUAGCGGUCCCAUAUCAUGUGAAGUUUAUUCCUAGGAAGUGAGGGAGGGGACUUGGAUCUCAGUGAGGUCUGCUCAUGAGCCACUGCAAGGAGACAGUGAGAGAGUGGUUCUCCGGCCUUCCUGUCUGUCAGUGUGGUGCAGCCUAGAGCAGGGUUAGCACUGUAGCCUGAUGUCACAGUACUCGCGCCCUGUGCAAUUCUAUCCCUUGCUCCUCUGUUGGCUCCUUCCUACCCCCAGGCCACAGGAUGACCACCCAGGGGGGCUGGGACUCCUGCCUGCACCUCUCUAUUACUUUGGACAGUGACAGAAUUGUGAAUGCUUCUCAAGGUUAGCCACUUCUCAGCAUCUGUAAAUUGGCAACUUGUCACACUGAACUAGAGGAUCGUGUAAAGGCUCCAACAUCUGUGCUCACCGAGAGAGAAGGCUGCUGGUCCUACUCUGGAGUGUCCUCCAGCACAUUGUCCAGGGGCAGCGAGAGGAUAUUAGAGCUCUUCACCAUCCUAUGGUGGGGGACGGUACCUCUAGGCCACCUUGAUACACUUACUGCUCAUGGAUAGACUGACACCCAGUCUGGGACUGACUGACAGUUUUGACAUUCUGCUGUUGAAGUGUUAAUACAUUCUAGGAAUGAAAGGCAUUUGAUAUAUUUUUCUUAAUUAUGGGGUUUAUUUUUCUAAAUAUGGGUUAAUCAGCUUGUUGACUGGGCAUGCCCUUAAAAGGAAUUUAAAUUUCCCUCUAUAGACCUUAAAGAAUCAGGGAAGUUUGUUAAAUUCUCCUUGAGAGAACAGAACUUCUCUCCCCUGACACUUCUAUUAUCUUUGAUUUUUUUCAAAGGGCCUUGAUUGGCACUAGUGCCUCAGGUAGACUUUAUGGGACUUUGGUUGUUAUAUAGUGGGCAUAUAUGAAAUCUGAAGUAUCGUAAAUAAAGUUAUUUAUUUAA